AUGAGAGCUUUGAAGUUUGACACGUUUAUCAAUGGAUCAUAUGGACCACCUAUAGAGAGGUCUCCUUGGCUGAAGAUUCUAACAGCUAGGGAUCAACACAUCUAUGUAUUUGAAUUGGCAUUUCCAUUGGUUCUCAACAAGAACAACUUGAUGAAGUGUACACAGUGA